GUCUUUCUUUCUUUUGCGUGUGGAGAAGCGCUUGGCUCCGCAUAAAGUCAGCGCCCUCUCUUUCUCCUCUAUAUCAUAAGCCUCCUCUUUGUCUGUAUCACCUCUCGAUCUCCUUUAUACUCCUCUUGUUUUUGUUACUUGGGUGCAAAAUUCAUGUACGUGCAUAUAUGAGCUUCUUUGGUCAAAGCAUGGAGAGUAGAGUGCAGGGUGAUCUCGUUGAUGUGAUCCGAGGAGGAGGAGGAGGAGGAGGAGGAGGAGGAGGAGGUUUUCUGCGAGCGUCGACGAAUGAGUUCGAGGUUUCGGGGGAGAAGGUUUCAGCUGAUGCUGUUGAUGCAGCGUUACUCUCUUCCCCUAGGGGAUCAAAGAGAAGAAAAGGGCUGGCAAAAAGAGUAGUUUGCAUUCCAGCGCCAGCAGCAGACCAGGAGAGCAAUAAUAAGAGCAGUGCAAGUGGGAGUGUAGUGGUUCCCUCUGAUCUUUGGGCGUGGAGGAAGUACGGACAGAAGCCCAUCAAAGGCUCCCCUUAUCCAAGGGGGUAUUAUAGGUGCAGCAGCUCAAAAGGGUGCUCAGCAAGAAAACAAGUAGAGCGCAGCCGCAACGACCCAAACAUGUUGGUCAUCACCUACACCUCCGACCACAACCACCCCUGGCCCACCCACCGGAACUCCCUCGCGGGCUCCACACGGUCCAAAAAUUACAACAAUGCCACCGCCGCCACCGCCACCACUGAUGCAAACAAGAAUCAAACCUCACCCUCUACCUCAAAACAGGAAGUACUACUACAUGAUGAUGAUCAUGACACUACUAUGCCAUUGAGCUCAAGCAUGAUUAAAGAGGAGAACGUCGAAUUUGAUCGAAAUGUUUUCGACGAGAGGUAUGAGCCCAUGAUGUUUGAGUCCAAGGACAUGGAGUUUUUUGAGGGAUUGGGAGGUUUGGAUCCUAAUCCUAUGAGCUUCUUCUUCUCCUCAUCAGGAGAGUUUAAGUUGGAUGAGGUGGGAGGUAGCGAUAAUAAUAGCAAGGGUUUAAGUUUAGACCCUUUAAGCUACUUUGAUACUUGGGAUGAUAUCUAAGUUUUUUGAUAAUAAUAAAAAAAGGACUGGUUUUGUGGAGACGGGCCCUGAUAGCUAGGCCCACAAACACUGAGGGCCCAUUGAACGUGGGAGAAUAUUGAACAGAAGCCGCCAACUGUUUGGGGAAGUACGUUUCAUGUUUUUGAGAUGCGACCGCAUCAAAAUCAAAUUACAUUGAAAGGAGGCAAAGGAGGUGGUCGUCAAAUUGCGAUUGGUUUGUCUUUUGAUUUUUUUCGCUCCCAUAUUUGUUUACCUUUGUUUUUCUCCCCUCCUAUUUUCUUUUGUGGAGAUAAUAAUACAAACCUAUGUGGUCGUUGAUUAAUAAUGUAACGCCCCGUUUGGUACGCGGGAAUAGACUCAAAUGAGAAUGAAAUUGAAGAAUGAAUGGAA